CAGUCAUUCAAUGACAAGCGUAAAAAGAACCUCUUUUCCCGAAAAUUUCCCUUCUACAAGAACAAGGACCAGAGUGAGCAGGAAACCAGUGAUAUUGACCAGCAUGUAACCUCUAAUGCCAGCGAUAGUGAAAGUAGUUACCGUGGCCAAGAGGAAUAUGUCUUGUCAUAUGAACCAGUCAAUCAACAAGAAGUUAGUUACACUCGACCUGUGAUUGUUUUGGGACCCAUGAAAGACAGAAUAAAUGAUGAUUUGAUCUCAGAAUUUCCAGACAAAUUUGGCUCAUGUGUUCCACAUACUACUAGACCAAAACGAGAUUAUGAGGUGGAUGGACGUGAUUACCACUUUGUCACUUCUCGAGAGCAAAUGGAGAAGGAUAUCCAGGAUCACAAAUUCAUUGAAGCUGGCCAGUACAAUAAUCAUCUUUAUGGAACAAGUGUCCAGUCAGUGCGAGAAGUAGCAGAAAAGGGUAAACAUUGCAUUCUUGACGUUUCUGGUAAUGCGAUCAAAAGGUUGCAGAUUGCCCAGCUGUACCCAGUCUCCAUUUUUAUUAAACCCAAAACAGUGGAAAAUAUCAUGGAAAUGAAUAAACGCUUAACAGAAGAGCAAGCCAGGAAGACAUUUGAGAGAGCCAUGAAACUGGAGCAAGAAUUUACUGAACACUUCACAGCUAUUGUCCAAGGAGACACACUGGAGGAAAUCUACAACCAAGUGAAACAGAUCAUAGAGGAACAGUCAGGACCUUACAUCUGGGUUCCAGCAAAGGAAAAAUUAUGAAAACAGAUUUUUAUUUUUCAUUUUCUAACUGACAUCACCUACUACAUCUGACAACUCUUAAACCCUUCCAGUGGAGCCUGUCUCUAGUUCUUUCCAGCGUGGUUCAUACCCUAACCAUCACAUUCUGCAGUUCCCAUAAUGCUUUACAUUUGGUGUCUCUCUUAGUUUAAAUAAUUUGUAUUAUUGUGUGUUGUUGGUUUGCCAUUUUUUCAAACAUGACAGUGGAAUGGCCUGACCAGCUAUUAGUUUGGGGAGGGGGUGGGAGGGAAUUGCUUGGUAAAAUUCCUUAAUGUUUAAGGACAAGUAACUUUCAAAGAUUUUUUCAAAAAAGCUUUAUAGACACUUUUAAAAUUUCAUAACAAUUGAAAGAAAAGUUGUAUUCAAGGAAGUUGUAAAUCAUGAGUAACUUUGCACGCUUAACUUUAAUAGCAUGGUUUGGUCAGGGCAAUCAAUUUCAGGUUUUAUUUUCUGAGUUAAAUUCUGUUCUCGUGGGGGUUUUUUUUUUUCCAGGCAGUUAGAGAGAAAUUUUCAAAUUUUGAGUUAACAUUUUCAUUAAGUCCCAUUGCUACUCCUCAAGGGAUAUUCAUUUUCAUAAUUUCAUAUGAAUAUUCUUAUAAUAUAUUUUUUCAUUUUUUUGCCAAUAAAAUUGCUAGGGACAAAAAUGUGUAAUGUUUUUAAUCUUCCUCAUGAAACACUAUUUAUAGUGUCUUACAGAAAUUGUUUAUAGAUAAUGGUCAUCACACUUUUUGAGCCUAAAAUAUGUUUAGGUGCUAGGAAACCUUGUAUUUUUCAGAGGAAUGCCAAAUUUCCAUUGGCAGUAAUACAAAAAAUAGCUGCAGAGAUGGUCAUUAGGGCAAUGACAGAAUGAUUCGUAGUCUAAAAAUGUGUGUGUUCUUAGGGGUCAGAUUUUAAUGAAUAUUUUACCCACAAUAACUGCCUAUUUUGUUAUAAUAA